UCCCCAGCUCGGGGGUCUCGGGGCCCCAUGAGCCGGGGCGCGGGCGCGCUUCAGCGCCGGACAACGACCUACCUCAUCUCGCUGACCCUGGUCAAGCUCGAGUCGGUGCCUCCGCCGCCGCCUUCUCCGUCUGCGGCCGCAGCCGGCGCCACUGGGACCAGAGGUGCCGAGACCGGGGAUCCUGGCAGCCCCCGAGGCGCGGAGGAGCCCGGCAAGAAGCGGCACGAGCGUCUCUUCCACCGGCAGGAUGCGCUGUGGAUCAGCACGAGCAGCGCGGGCGCCGGGGGCGCCGAGCCCCCCGCCCUGUCCCCGGCUCCGGCCAGUCCGGCCCGCCCCGUCUCCCCUGCUCCCGGCCGCCGCCUCUCCCUUUGGGCCGCCCCUCCGGGGCCCCAGCUCUCCGGGGGGCUGAGCCCUGAUCCUAAGCCCGGGGGCGCCCCCACCUCCCGGCGCCCCUUGCUCAGCAGCCCGAGCUGGGGAGGCCCGGAACCUGAAGGCCGGGCGGGCGGCGGCGUCCCAGGCUCGUCCUCCCCGCACCCCGGCACCGGCAGUCGGAGGCUCAAGGUGGCGCCUCCUCCGCCGGCUCCUAAGCCUUGCAAGACCGUAACCACGAGUGGCGCCAAAGCCGGCGGGGGCAAGGGCGCCGGUAGCCGCCUGUCAUGGCCCGAGAGCGAAGGCAAGCCCAGGGUCAAGGGGUCAAAGAGCAGCGCCGGGACUGGAGCUUCUGCCGCAGCCGCUGCCGCCGCCGCCGCCGCCGCCGGGGGAGGAGGACCGGCAGCCACGACCUCCGGUGGGGUCGGGGCUGGGUCGGGAGCCCGAGGGAAGCUGUCCCCUCGGAAAGGCAAGAGUAAGACCUUGGACAACAGUGACUUGCACCCGGGACCGCCUGCUGGCUCUCCUCCUCCGCUAACCCUCCCAGCAACCCCGGCUCCAGCCGCUGCUGUCACCGCCGCCUCCGCGCAGCCCACUGGGCCUGCACCUCCAAUCACUCUGGAGCCUCCAGCUCCAGGGCUGAAACGGGGCCGGGAGGGGGGCCGAGCAUCCACUCGAGAUCGCAAGAUGCUCAAGUUUAUCAGCGGCAUCUUCACCAAGAGCACAGGGGGGCCUCCUGGCUCCGGGCCCCCUCCUGGACCCCCGGGCCUGUCUUCUGGCAGCGGGUCCAGGGAGCUGCUGGGCGCAGAGCUCCGCGCCUCCCCUAAGGCUGUGGUCAAUAGCCAGGAAUGGACUUUGAGCCGCUCCAUUCCUGAACUGCGCCUGGGUGUGCUGGGGGACACCAGGAGUGGAAAGUCAUCUCUCAUCCAUCGAUUCUUGACCGGUUCCUACCAAGUGCUGGAGAAGACAGAAAGUGAGCAGCACAAGAAAGAGAUGUUGGUGGAUGGACAGACUCAUCUGGUGUUGAUCCGAGAGGAAGCUGGGGCACCUGAUGCCAAGUUCUCAGGCUGGGCAGAUGCUGUCAUCUUGGUCUUCAGCCUGGAGGAUGAAAACAGUUUCCAGGCCGUGAGCCGUCUCCAUGGGCAGCUGAGCUCCCUUCGGGGGGAAGGACGAGGAGGCCUGGCACUGGCACUGGUGGGUACACAAGACAGGAUUAGUGCCUCCUCCCCUCGAGUGGUGGGCGAUGCUCGUGCCAGGGCUCUGUGCGCAGACAUGAAGCGCUGCAGCUACUACGAGACAUGUGCCACCUACGGGCUCAAUGUGGACCGCGUCUUCCAGGAGGUGGCCCAGAAGGUGGUGACCUUACGGAAACAGCAACAGCUUCUGGCUGCCUGUAAGUCCCUGCCCAGCUCCCCGAGCCACUCGGCUGCUUCCACUCCUGUAGCUGGGCAGGCUAGCAAUGGGGGCCACACUAGCGACUAUUCUUCUUCCCUCCCAUCCUCACCCAAUGUUGGUCACCGGGAGCUCCGAGCUGAGGCAGCUGCUGUGGCUGGAUUGAGCACCCCAGGGUCCCUGCACCGGGCCGCCAAGCGCAGGACCAGCCUCUUCGCGAAUCGUCGGGGCAGUGAUUCUGAAAAGCGGAGUUUGGACAGUCGGGGAGAGACAACAGGGAGUGGGCGAGCCAUCCCCAUCAAACAGAGCUUCUUACUGAAGCGAAGUGGCAACUCCUUGAACAAAGAAUGGAAGAAGAAAUAUGUGACCCUGUCCAGUAAUGGCUUCCUACUCUACCACCCCAGCAUUAAUGAUUACAUCCACAGUACCCACGGCAAGGAGAUGGACUUGCUACGAACAACAGUCAAAGUCCCUGGCAAGAGGCCCCCGAGAGCCAUCUCUGCUUUUGGCCCCUCAGCCAGUAUCAAUGGGUUGGUCAAGGACAUGAGCACUGUGCAGAUGGGUGAAGGUCCCGAGGCCACCACCCCCACCCCCAGCCCCAGCCCCAGCCCCAGUUCCCUGCAGCCACCACCAGACCAGACAUCCAAGCACCUGCUGAAGCCAGACCGGAAUCUGGCCCGAGCCCUCAGCACCGACUGUACCCCAUCUGGAGACCUGAGCCCCCUGAGUCGGGAACCCCCUCCUUCUCCCAUGGUGAAGAAGCAGAGGAGGAAAAAAUUGACAACACCAUCCAAGACUGAAGGCUCGGCUGGGCAGGCUGAAGAGGAAAACUUCGAAUUCCUGAUCGUGUCCAGCACUGGUCAGACGUGGCACUUUGAGGCAGCCAGUUUUGAGGAGCGGGAUGCCUGGGUCCAGGCCAUCGAAAGUCAGAUCCUAGCCAGUCUGCAAUGCUGUGAGAGCAGCAAGGUCAAGCUGCGCACAGACAGCCAAAGUGAAGCGGUAGCCAUCCAGGCGAUCCGGAACGCCAAGGGGAACUCUACCUGCGUGGACUGCGGGGCCCCCAACCCCACGUGGGCCAGUUUGAACCUGGGCGCACUCAUCUGCAUCGAGUGUUCUGGCAUUCACCGGAACCUGGGCACACACCUGUCCCGCGUUCGCUCGCUGGACUUGGACGACUGGCCUCGGGAGCUGACCCUGGUGCUGACGGCCAUUGGCAACGACAUGGCCAACCGCGUGUGGGAGAGCGACACGCGGGGCCGCACCAAACCCACGCGGGACUCUUCGCGGGAGGAGCGUGAAUCAUGGAUUCGCGCCAAGUACGAGCAGCUGCUGUUCCUGGCGCCGCUGGGCACUCCCGAGGAACCGCUGGGCCGCCAGCUGUGGGCCGCGGUGCAGGCCCAGGACGUGGCCGCCGUUCUCCUGCUUCUGGCCCAUGCGCGACACGGGCCGCUCGACACCAGCGUAGAGGACCCGCAGCUUCGCUCCCCCCUUCACCUGGCAGCCGAGCUCGCCCACGUUGUCAUCACGCAGCUGCUGUUGUGGUACGGCGCCGACGUGGCCGCCCGCGACGCACAGGGCCACACGGCGCUGUUCUACGCCCGCCAGGCUGGAAGCCAGCUGUGCGCCGACAUCCUUCUCCAGCACGGCUGCCCGGGUGAGGGCGGCAGCACCGCCACCACCCCUAGCGCAGCCACCACCCCCAGCAUCACCGCCACGCCCAGCCCCCGCCGCCGGAGCAGCGCCGCCAGCAUGGGCCGCGCCGACGCCCCCGUCGCGCUGGUAUAGUUGCCCAGCGGGAGAGACACCCCCACUCCCACACGGGCCGGGCACGACCACAUCGGGUGGACCGCUGGACAGAUGCACCCACUCACCUCUCCAAUCCGCACCCCGCCCCACGGGAGCACUUCUUCCCCCACGAGGGCACCGCCCCCACGCCUCCCAGAAGACACAAACUCAUCUCCCUCUCCCCAACGAGGCAUGGAGACCCCAGUUCAACACGCCCCCUCUCCACCGUU